AUGAGCCAAAAUAGCAAAGGCUUGCCUGGAUUCUCUGAGAUAAGCUAUGAGAACUUAGAAAGUGUCAAGCGCUGUGGAAUCCAGGGCUUUUAUGUUGUUGCUAAUACAAGUGAAAACUUCGUAGGCAAACACAUUGAUGCGUUGACCUCAAAGUAUAAACGCAAGCCGGUCUUUUGGGAUAUAUACCUGGGGUUCCGUAAGGGAGGCUCGCUGUCAUACGUGAUCAUUCAUGCAGGUAUCAACUUAGACAGUUAUAAAGAGGCAGGUGAAGACAUGGAGGGCUUGCCACUUGAGGUCAGUGUGAGGUAUUCAAGAAAUGCUGCAGCAAAGUUGACCUAUGCAGCGAAGAAACUUUACUUCCCUGUAUGGUAUGCACGCCCUAAUAUGAAGAGUCUCUUAGAUUAUUGGUUCAAAGAGAAAGGGCGCAAUAGGUUACGAACUGGCAAAGACGGGAUUGGACUGUUCUGGAUCAAGACUUUGCUGGAUGAUGCACGGGAAAAGGGUUACAUAAAGGACCGUGAUGAGUGGGAAGCAUGGGAAGCUCUUGCCUCGCAAAGUGGAGAGAUAAUCGAAGUGGACUCGGAGUUCUAUUGUAUACCCGGGAGUGGGACAUUCGAAAGCCAUUAA